AUCGGCUAUUAUUACUGACCUGAAACUACAUAACAUAUCUAGAUGAGAAGUUCGUUUUUGCGAUGGAGCCGCCUUGUAAAAGGAGCUUACGCAGCACUCCUGCUCGAAACAAGAGGAUGUCACAUGGUGGAGGUGACUCACCAAAUCCACAAUCCACGCCACCGGAUUCUCUUUCCGAAAAUCAGAUGACGGAGGAGGAUAUGUUCCGCAUCAAAAGUAUCGCAAGAGGUACUGCAGGAUCAUUUAAAAGAGGGACGAGCGAUACUGCUGAUCAAUCAGUCAUCUCCCUAGCCGAUUCUGCUAGUAAUUUUGGUGACCAUGUCGGAGACGAAUUUGAUGAAGUUGAAACGAUAGAGAGCGAAAAUAAUUUGUCUACGGAUCUACAGAGUCGGAUUUUCGACGGGUGGAUGUUUGAUAGAAAACGACCAUCAAACAUACAACUUCCCAAAGAUACCGUUACCAUUCUAAACUUCCCCAAAAAUGUGCCGAUACCUCCUUGCCCAGAAGGGAUUGAUCCAAAAAGUUGGAAACAAGCCUUCGAAGAAGCAACAGUUUAUCUGAUAGGCACGGCUCAUUUCAGCCGGGAGUCUCAAGACGACGUCAUCAAGACUAUCACGGCUACUCAGCCAGAUCUUGUCAUGGUCGAGCUUUGCCCUAGCAGAAUAUCAAUAUUAUCAAUGGAUGAGCAAACUUUGUUGAAGGAAGCCAGUGAUCUCAACACUCAAAAGAUUAUUACUACUAUCAAACAGAGCGGCGUUGUGCAAGGAGUCUUACACGUUUUGUUACUUUCAAUGUCAGCUCACAUCACGAGAGAGCUCUCAAUGGCACCUGGUGGAGAAUUCCGAGCUGCUCAUAAAGCAGUGAUGCAGACGCAGCUCUGCCGUUUGGUGCUAGGAGACCGACCCAUCCAUGUUACUCUUCAACGUGCUUUGGGGUCACUCAACCUGUGGCAGAAAAUCAAGUUUUUCUGGCACGUUGCGUUGUCUCAUAAUACUUCGAUAACAGCUGAAGAGGUUGAAAAAUGCAAACAGAAGGAUUUGCUCGAGCAACUGCUCGCCGAAAUGGCCGGUGACUUCCCCAAACUCAGCAAAAUUUUUGUUGAUGAGCGGGAUGCAUAUAUGACACACGCCCUACACUCUCUUUUGAUAAAGAAUACGCUUGAAAAACGGCUGUCAUGGGAGCGUACCGACGUGGAUUGGCAACCUCUUAGGGUCGUAGCCGUUGUCGGUAUCGGUCAUACACCUGGAAUUGCUGCUCAUUGGGACAAUCCAGUCGACAUUGCCCCUCUUCUACAUGUCCCUCCACCGUCUACCUCAGCAAAGGUUGUAAAAUUUGCCUUCCGAGCAGCUUUUUGGGGAGCUGUUGGAUUCCUUCUUUACCGUGGAGGAAUUCGAGUUGCAAGGAGACUCCGCUGACCUUGAGUUUUCCUAGCGUUAUUGUUGAUCGUUCGUCUACAUCAGAUCCACUCAUCUUGUUUUUGCCAAAAACCGCUUUCAGAUGUGAAAGUUACGUACCACUAGCAUUUUGUGUGUUUUGUUCUUAUUUUUCUCUUGAUAUGUGACAAUGGUCUGGCUAGUACAUAUUAUCUAUUCAAUAGGGUACAAUCGGGCUUCGCCUCUUUUUUGAUGACGAUAGUUUCUUUCUCGGUUUAGGCCGGCGUGUAAAGAUUUGUUAUACGUUUCAACUUUCACUUAUUUAUCAGUACAUCUAUUAGUAGAACCUACAAUGGUUCCCUUGUUUUCUGAAACGGUUUUUGUUCAACUUUUUAUAACGAUAAAUAUGAUAUGCA